GGUUGACAUCUAAACAGCUGAUUUUCUAAGACAACAACAAGAAAAUUCUUCAAAUUGUUUAUGUGUUUUUAUUAUUCUUGUAAUGUUUAAUACGUAUUUCAAGGCCUAAUUUUCAAUAUAUUUCGAGCCGAUUAACAUGGAAGACGAGUUCGACGAUUACCAAGACGUUUUCAGUCAAGACGGGGUGCUCCUAAGACAAGCCCCUUCGGCUUACAUCCAGUAUAUAAAUACGAUUGGGACUUUGUAUAUUUGGGAGACUCUGGAGAAUGAGGCCUGCCACUCGAAAAAACGCUUACUCGAAUGGAAACCCAACGACGUCACAGUAGACUCUGACGUGCAAGAUCAAGAAUGGGCGGUAGUCAACACAGUACAAAAGCGCGUGCGCACUUUGAGCGGCAACCUACCCCCAGACUAUUACGCCCGCUUGAAAAAUUUGAAAAUCAAUUUUGAAGACAUCAAAAGCUUUAGGAUUGCCAACAAGAGUCGUCAAUUGACAUUUUUCGACGGUACCUCGGAUUCAAUUUGCAGUCUAUUAUUUCAGCACGGCAACUGCGAAGUUUUGGUCAGUAUUUUGCGCAGCUUUCUGAAAUUCGGCCCUUCAAGACGCGACAAACACUUAUUUGUCAUUUACGACGCUGAUAGUCCAGAGUAUCAGGAGUUGAACAAGACUUUUGCAGCUUUGGAUUUUAAAAACGAAAACUCUUUGUGGACCCUUUUCAAAAACAUCAAAGAGCAUCCUUACGAAGGUAGUUUGGAAGCUUUUAGUAAAGUAACUAACUAUGUUUAUCGUAGUGUAGACGCAAACGAGGCUGAGUUUUUGCAACAGGACGACUUGAAUCGCUCCUUGUCUGAGAUAGACGAUUCUAGUACUGUUCACUCUGGGGGUGAUUACGAGUUGGUGCAAAAGUUGCCUCAGUUGCCCAAACGAAAAGAUUUUCCUAGGUGCAGACCUUUGACUGAAGAACAGUGGAGGGAGCAGUUCAAUUACGAAGGUCGAUUGGAAGAUGUUGAAUCGAUUAAGACUUUGAUUUUUAGAGGAGGAGUAACACCUUCAAUCCGCAAAGAAGUCUGGAAAUUCCUUCUAGAUUACCAUCCGUGGAACAGCACCAGUGCAGAACGUCAAAAAUGUAAUUCCACAAAAAGUGAGGAGUAUUAUUUGAUGAAGCUCCAAUGGAAAUCUUUUACAAAAACUCAAGAAGAUAAUUUUUCUGACUUUGCCCAACGCAAAUCCUUAAUAGAUAAAGAUGUUAAUAGAACUGAUAGAAAUUUGGAUUUUUAUGCAGGCGACAACAACUUCAAUUUAACCACCUUGAAUGACAUUCUAAUGACGUAUGUAAUGUACAAUUUUGAUUUGGGCUACGUACAAGGCAUGAGUGAUCUUUUAUCGCCUCUGUUGAUGCUGCUUGAACACGAAAGCGACACUUUUUGGUGUUUUGUCGGCUUCAUGAAUAAACUAAUUUCUAAUUUCGAUAUCGAUCAGGCAGGAAUGAAAGAGCAACUGGCCAAUUUGUACACUUUAUUGGCUUUUAUCGAUCCUUUUUUGGCCAACUAUUUGGAAACGCACGAGUGCGCCAACAUGUUUUUCUGUUUCCGCUGGUUAUUGGUUUGGUUCAAGCGGGAAUUGAAGCAAGACGACGUCAUGAGGUUCUGGGAGGUUUUAUGGACCGGAUAUCCGUGUCAGAAUUUCCAUUUAUUGGUUGGUGUAGCCAUUUUGGAACAAGAAAGGGGGGCACUAAUGGAAAAUAAUUAUGGAUUCACAGAAAUUUUAAAGCAUAUCAACGAAUUAAAUGGCAAACUCGACAUGUCUCUAAUGCUCAACAAAGCAGAAGGUAUUUUCUAUCAAUUGAAAGAAUCUGAUCAUUUGACUGACAACAUCCGAUUUAUUUUGGGGUUGCCUUUGCUCAGUCAACAAACGAGCGCCAAUCACUCUAUAUCGCCUGACUCGAGCGCCAAUCAUUCGCAGCCACGUUGCUCGGUCGAUCACGUCCGAAUCAGUCCGGAAAGUGACGAGGCUGUUUACGAUAGAUCUAUCACUACAAAUUUUUUAUAAAAUCGAAUCAGAACCUUCAAUUUGCAUAAACUGAUUGAAUGUUCCUAAACAUUUAUCACAAGUCUUAUUAAAAUCACAUGCAUAAUAAUUUAAGUCUUAUAAAUCCAUGUUUAUUAUUAUUAUUAAUUAUUCAUAUAUUAUUAUCAUUUUACUGUUUCUAUUGAUCGA